GAUAAGAUAGUACAGCUGCUGUGCUGCUGCCACCUCACACUCAAAGUAACAAGUUGCUUCAAAGCAGCACAUUCUAGAAAAAUGUGCAGUUGUGUUCCCCUCUGUGUUACGCUUUUGGUGUUGCUACUCCAUACUUGCUUCAUGGGUUUCAGCUCUGACCCUACUUCGAGGCUCUCUUGAUGCACAGGUUUUCAUUUAAAUGAAACCUGUGCUGCUGAGGUAAUGCUGCGACUCUGGGACACGGGGCUUCCACAGCGAGAGGGCAUGCCAUGAAAUUCAGAGUGAGAUUGUGCCACUUGGCCCACGCUCCAGUGUUGGCCUGGCAAAGGGAAUGUUUGCUUUUAAAAAUCUCUUGCUUGGUUAUGAGAGAGCUGAAAAAACAUGUCAUGGUGGUAGUUCUGUUUGUGCAGAAAUCUAGAAGAGAGGUGCAACAUGUUUUGGAAGAAGGUGGAUGGAAAAGUUAGGUAAUGGUCUGAUGCUCUAAACCUUCUUCACAGGCACUUACUUUUCUGCAUUAUUUCCUGCAACCACAGGUUGAUCAAAAUACACUUCUCCCUUAUUGUGUCAGACAUUAUAAGUGCAGUUUCUGCAAACUGGAGUCACAGUCAUAAAAGGUUUUUUUCCCAAACUGCAACAUCUCAUCACAGGCAAGGACCACUAUCAUUAGCUGGUGGUUUCUACUCUAGGCCUUCUGUUGCACUAUCACUAAAAAAUGAAUAUGUGAGGCUGUUUUCUGUGCAGAGCUUCUGCUUGCAAAGAGGUUUUUCCCCCACAGUUUGAGAAAUCUGUCUCAGCUUUUUGAAUACGAGUGCAGCACUACCAGAAAAUUCCCUUGCAUUUUUAUUACUCAGAGUAGCAAAACCUCACUGUAGGAAAAAAGACCUUUUUUCCCCCAAAAAGCUUUGAUCAAACAUUUUUAACUCUUGAAAAGUAUCACUCAGCUUCUUAGGAUUGAUUGAAAAAAACUAUGAAACAAAUGGCCAAGAGAUUUUUCUAAUUUUUUGUGUUCAAAUUCAAAACAUGGUGAAAUUAUGAGUUUGAUUUUUUUUUUUUACCUCCUCUGUAGUCCAGUUUGAUUUGUUAAUUAAAUCCUAAUGUGUGUCUGUGUCCCUUUUUUUUGUUGUUGCUGUUUUGGUUUUCCUCAACAGGGACUCUUGAGAAUUAAUUGCAGUUCUGGAGAUUUUCCCAUGUUUAAACCUGACUGAAUUGGCAAAAUGGUUCUCCAGUGCCAGAACUGUGGCAUUACAUCCCAGAAGAAAUCCUUGUCCGAAUAUUCUAUUAUCUUUCUCUUUGAGAUAGAUACAGAGUCUUCCAGGUGUGCAGACAAGGGGCUGCAGCAGUUUCUUCCAGCUCUGUUUGGGACUUCACAGGGAUCAGCUAAGAGGAAUGAGGUCCUCUGUCCAAGCAUCUUCGCAGGAAUAACCAAAUUGUUGUUCCCAGUGCAUGUCAAAUAUUUACUCCACUCUGCUAUGGCACUAUUGACCUUGUGACUUCUAUGUGUGAUGAUGUUAUCUUGCAUGACUCACACCUGUUUAUAUAAAAUUUGUGUUACUUGCUGGGUGCAAGUAAAAAAAAAGCAGUGACUUCUUCAGUCACUGAUGGUGAUUUGGGUUUUAGGGGAAAUACCACAUUCUUAGGUAUAUUGUUCUAAGUUGCCCUUUGAAAAUGGCAAGAAAAAAUUAAUGCAUUGUUAUCCUUAUCGUGACACUUAUCUUGUCUCUUCUCACCUCCUGACUCUUUCAGUGUUUGGCCUUAAAGGACUCUGUAGGCAUCAGGUGAAGAACUCUGCUUCAUUUUAUAGCAGGAAUGUUGAACUUAGCCUUUACAAGUUUUUGCUAAGAACCUCAGGAAAAUUUAAUGUUGAUUUUAUAUUUUAUUAUGUUAUUUAAAGAGCAGUUUCUGAGUUGAAAUAACCCUGGCAUUAAGCCAUACUGCAAGCAUGUAUUUUGAGCUUUCUAAAGCAUAUAUAUUAAUGAUAAAACCAUAUUGUCUAAUAGAUUCUAUGUGUAGCUGUUUUCAGCAUCCUCUUUUCUCAUGCAAGAGCUAAAUAAUUUCUGUUGCCAAAUAACAUGAGAUCUGUAGCUAAACCUGCUUACAAUUUUGGCUUUUCAAAGUCUUGCUGAAGAUCUGCAGCCCUGAUUCUGGCCAGCUCUUGUUCGUCUGUGCCAGCCAAAGUUUAGGAGAAGAAAAUUCCAAAAUAACAAUUCAGAUGCCUUCACAAACCUGGGAUUGCUGUGCCUGGUGUCCCACAGGCUCUCGGCAGGUGGGUUUGCUCUGGUGACUUGCUCACCUCCCAGCAUAAGGUGGGCAGCACGUGUUCCCUUUGCAUGACGCUGCGUAUUUAUUCACAGCUCUGCGAGAUCGGCUGCAGUGCAUUUUCAUUCUGUGUAUUGUUCUCUGGGGCUGGUGAUGCCAUCCCAUUGUGCUGAGUUUUUAAGAGUGCGAGCAGCACUGCUGAUGUGACUCCCUGGACGCCUACUUUCCACUGCCUGGGAUAAAAUUGGGUGGUUCAUUCUCUGUGGGACGCAGGCGCGUGCAGGGACGCAGGAGCGCCCAGAGCAAUGGGGUUAGUGUAGCUGGGACACUGCAAAGCUAUGCAGGAUUCACCCAGCUCCCUGGUGAUGGAUGGAUACUCCAGCAAUGUCCCAGCCUUCCUAACAAAACUCUGGACGCUGGUGGAAGACCCUGAAACGAACCAUCUCAUCUGCUGGAGCUCUAAUGGCACCAGCUUCCAUGUGUUCGACCAAGGCCGCUUUGCCAAAGAGGUGCUGCCCAAGUAUUUCAAGCACAACAACAUGGCCAGCUUCGUCCGGCAGCUGAACAUGUAUGGCUUCAGGAAGGUGGUGAACAUUGAGCAGGGGGGGCUUGUCAAGCCUGAGCGGGACGACACUGAGUUCCAGCACCUCUGCUUCCUGCAGGGCCAUGAGCACCUCCUGGAGCACAUCAAAAGGAAGGUGUCAGUAGUGAAAAGCGAGGAGACCAAGAUGCGCCAGGAGGACCUCAGCAGGUUGCUAUACGAGGUACAGAUACUGAGAAGUCAGCAGGAGAACAUGGAGUGUCAAGUGCAGGACAUGAAGCAGCAAAAUGAAGUUCUUUGGCGGGAAGUUGUUUCUCUCCGGCAGAACCACUCACAGCAACAGAAAGUCAUCAACAAGCUGAUUCAGUUUCUGUUUGGCCAGCUCCAAUCAAGCCCCAGCAGCACUGGGAUAAAGAGGAAGCUACCUCUCAUGCUUGACAAUGGGAUCUCGGCUCCACCAGUGUCCAAGUUCAGCCGGCACUUGUCUGCAGAGCCCCUCCACGACCCCUAUUUCAUACAGUCGCCAUCGACAGAGCCUGCCUCUUGCUUAAACAGCCCUGCAAUUGCUGGAGGACCCAUCAUAUCUGAUGUUACUGAAGCAUCCCCUUCCAACAUCAUGAAUAUGCAAUCCCCUCCUGAAAAUGACAGGGAGAAGUGCCUCAUGCUGAUCAAGGAAGAGCCAGUCAGCCCUGGAGUGAAACCCAGCACGGAGCCCGAUGUGCCCCUGUCCGGCUGCCGGGCCUGCUCCGAGCCCCCGGUGCUGCCGGUGGCCAUGGUUCAGUCUGUCCUGGAAGGCAAAGGCAGCUGUGGUGCAGCCCCACCAGGGACCUCCCAGCCACCUGAGAGGAGAGGCAGAAGGGCACUGCUGGACAGAACAGAUAUUUCAGACCCGUUGGAGGGCACCGACUGGAGCCUAGAAGGGCUGCAGCUGCUGCUGAGGAGCCAGCAGUACAGCCUGGAGCCUGCCAGCCUCUUGGAUGUCUUUAAUCCUAAUUUAUCUUUGAGUGAGUGGAAUUUGACUGAAAUGGAAGCCAGUCUGCCCCCGAUGCAGCGACUCACAGUGGAUCUGGAGAAGAGUGCAACUGAGCUGCCCCCAAAAGUGUUCAACCCACCUUUCAACAGCACCUGCCCAGGGAAAGAUGUCAUUCUUGAAAGUGCCCAGCAGUUCCUCCUCGACCAUCAGUCCAUCUUUGGGAAUGACCUCAUCAGCUUGCCUGAAAACUCAUCACUUUAUGUUCCUUCUGAGAAUAUGGCUUCCUACAUGUCCUCUGUGGGUGUCCAAGGGGAUAUCCCUCUAAACCUGAGUUCUUCAACGGACAACAGCCAGUGACUGAGCUUCCAAGAAACAACAAUUCCCUCCCACCCAUCCAAGCAUCCACAGGUUUGAAUGUAAAGAAACAAAACUGACUCAGAAACCCACAAGAGAGUUUCUUUUUGUGCCCUUUUUUUUUUUUUUGAGUAGAUGGAAAUGGUCAGUAGCUGUUGCAUUACCCUCCCUGCACCUGGAUUUCAGUGUUUUUUAAAACAAAAUACUACUUCUGGUGCUUGCUCCGAGGGGGAGUGAGAACUUGCCAGGAUUUUUUUUUCCUUGAAAAUGCUUUAGAAAUUUCUAAUAUUUUAAUAAAAUAUAAGUGAAGAGUAGCUUGAAAGUCCAUCUGGGACUUCAUAAAAUAGUGAUCCUGACUAGUGUCUGCAAUGGCAAACUGUUGGAUUUUAUCAGGGCAGCACAGAUUAGCUAAAAUGCCUGACCCUUGUUGAUGCUGGUUUUUUAAUAGGAAAAUAGUUCUACAUGCCAGUCCAAUGCUCUAGAAAUAUUUUUUAUCCAUUUUCUGAGUUUGAUGGGAUGCACCUGUACCUCUCCCUGAUCCUCCAAGGGUGAGUAGGAACAAGAUCUCUCGGGGUAUGUAGAAGAUUGUUUUCUGAGUGACCCCACCAAGAAUGUGCCUCUGGCUCUUAGGGGAGCGACAGACCAUCACAGGCUGCAAAACAUCCCAUGCUGAGUUGAGAGCAUUUGUUGUUUGGGAUUUGUUUUGCCCCAGAUUUAUUUUCUCUUACAUAAAGGCAGGGCACUCCACAGUUAUAAAAUAGAAAAGGGAUAGACUUUCCUGCACACACAAUUUUCCAUGUGCAGAGAAGACUGACUGAGCAUGCUCUGGGUUUUGGUGCUGGCUAAGUAAUCCAUGUCCAGUCCAAUGUUUUUUUCCUUGGCUUUGACCUGUUCUAUUUCCCCUGAAGAUGUGCCUGUUGGUUUAUUGAUGUAUAAAAUCUGAUUAAACAGUUUAAUUGAUUGGAUUCCCAUUUUAGAAGGACUCUCAGCUGCUCAGUGUAGGAGAAAGGCAGAAGGGUUAGUCCACCAUGUCCCACAAACUUUUCUUCUGUCCUUUGUGCAUCUGAGACCAGCCUCAAAGGCUGAACUAACCUUCCCCAUCCAUGUGGUUUCUGACAACUGAGUUUCUCAACAAAGCAAAGCUUUGUUUUUUAUGCUGUAGUUCUAAUGAGAACGUAUUAUUUAUCUCAGUAUCUGCUACCUGAGUUGCUUUUCCUUAGGAAGGUUACCCAAAUGCAGUAGGACAGACCCAGGAAAUUCAAUUAACUCAGGCCUCCUAAGGGCUUAGACAGGGAGGUUUAAGCUGUGCCAGUAUCAUUUGAAGAAACGCUCUGCCUGCCUUCAUUGCCAUGACAAUUCUUGGUUAUGAACCGUAUUUCUGAGCAUUGUGGUCAAGCAGCAUCCACCCCACAGUGUAGCUAAUCAGUCAGACAAGUGCAGGCUCAAAAUCUGCUCAAUAAGAUGAGCAUUUUUUAAAUGGACCUUCCUGUCACAGCCCUUUCCUCCAUCCAUUUAUCACUAUGUGAACAAACGUGUUAGUUCAGAAACAUUCACUUUUGAGCACAUUUUUGCCCAGCUGAUUCCUAUGCUGGGAGCUCUGUCACCACCUUGGUGAUGUGGUUUGUGCAGGAGUGAGGUUGUGAGAGCUCCUGAAUUAAUCCUGGCCACUGUUUUUGUGUUCAGGACAAAGGGGAAAUUCCAGCAGCCCCCACUGGCCUGGUAUUUAGAUUAUGUGCUUGAGUGUAUCCUGGACAAGGUUUUUCUUUGCUUAGAAAGUUCACCUACAUCAGCCCAUUUCCACCCUAUUUUGCCCUUUCCAGCAAUGGAAAGUCAUUGAGUUGCACUCUGUUUACUUCUUUUCUCAUAGGUAAUUGAAAACUGCCUGGUGUCUCCUGACACCGACAGUGUAUGUUCAAGAUUUACAUCCUUCUCUGAACUGCCACACUCCAGGCUGCUGUCAUGUUAACACUGAAUGUAUUGAUCCAACAAGGUAUUUAAGCACAUGCUUAACUUCAAGCUCCUGAGUAGUUUUCCUGUAUUUUUAUGGAGCCUGUCACAUGCUUGAGGUUAGGCGCACGCUUGUGUCCGACUGGAUUGUCUGGUUGGGGUUGAGAAAUGAACCCCGUGGGCAGAGCCAGGUGCAGCUCGGCCCUGGCUCCAUCUCAGGCUGUGUCCUACAGGGCAAGCUCCAGCCUGUGCUCAUGGGGAACAGCCUCUCAGGAGAGUUCGUGGGGUUUUCUUUAGGCUUUUUGCUCUACUAUAAACAUGAGAUUGGAGCUUGAUGGUGAGAGAGGAACCUCCAGGAAGAGAAUUUGGGAGCCAUUCUUGUGAAAAAGGCUUGUGAAGCUUGUGUUCCUCAGCUUUUUACAUUGUUAAUUUUACUUGAAGGUGAUGUGCUGAGACUGCGUUUUUGCACUAUGCUGUACAUUUGUAAAGUUUUACAGAAGACACUAAUUAAACAUAUUUCCUUUUUCUCA